UCGCUACCUGUUAUUUCAUUCGAGCCGGGUAGAGCAGCUGAAGAUGGCGAUGUGCGCGGCGCUCCGGCGCUUCUCCUCAAACUUUCCAGCAGUUCUGCCUCUGCUUUCGGGACCCGCGCGCGUCUCCUUGCGCCACGCCGGCUGGAGGGCGUUCAGCGCGAGCUCGCGGCUCGAGGAAGCUCUCAGAUUCACAGACAAACAUGAGUGGGUACGAGUAGAAGGGGGUAUCGGCACAGUCGGCAUCAGCAAUUUUGCUCAGGAAGCACUGGGUGAUGUAGUGUAUUGUGGACUGCCGGAGGUUGGGACAAAGCUUCAACCAAUGGAGGAGUUUGGUGCUUUAGAAAGUGUGAAGGCUGCUAGUGAGUUGUACGCUCCAUUGACUGGAGAAGUAACUGAAGUCAACACAGAGCUGACCCAGAACCCCGGACUUGUCAAUUCAUCCUGCUAUGAGCGCGGAUGGUUGAUUAAGAUGACCAUAGAAAACCCUGGAGAACUUGAAGCCCUCAUGGAUGAAGCUGCUUAUGAAAAAUACGUCAAAUCACUUGAGUAAUCUGUUAAGUCUGCUUCAUUUCCAGUAAAAGUCACAAAGGGUCUUUGCCAAGUCAGAAAACACUGUAAAUUGCUACCAUUAGAGAUUGUACUAAUAAAAUUCUAUGGAGUAUAUUUAUCAUCAAUUUGUAGUUUUCACCAUGCUGCUCAUCUUAUGUUCUUAUGGCUUGCACAACAGGUAGCCAUAUAUUUCAAUGGGCUCCAUUGAAAAGCUGGGACCAGUUUCAGGUGUUUUCACUGAGCUGGGAAAUGUGAUGAAUGUUGAGUGUUCUCGAUGGCUUUUGUUAAAAAAUGAAAUGAGGCCCAAAAGGAUGAAAAUUACACUAUUGGACCAUUUUGUAUCUGAAAAGGCUACACCAAGUAUUUGCAGUUUUUUAUUAAGACUCUCAGUCAAGAAUUCUUUUGAAAUGAAACUUGCUUUAGUGAUUUGACAGUUGUAAAUUCUGUAAAUUGUUUGCAUGAAUAAAUCUAGGGGUGGAAUGACCCACAGCUUGCUUUGAUUCACUAUAUUGGGUUCACAAUUCAGCAAUGUCAUCAUGAGAACUGUAAUUAUGUUGCUUGUUGUUAGUUGGUGUUGAUCGUUUGCAAACGUUGGCGUUCAAGCAGUUCAUAUGACAUGAAUAAUUGAAUGAAUAAAUGUUUAUCCUCCAUAA